AUAAAUAGAUCUUUUCUUGGUGGUUUUAAUGUCUCAGGUAUUGAUAUUAGUUGUAUUUCUUUCAUCAUCACACCUUUCUUCUGCCUGUUGGUUUCAUCUUUGUUUCCAGCAUCCUAUUUUCAUAGUACUAUAGUGGUGUAGUGACUGUAGUGAUAGUUGCACAUAGUACUCCAUUCAUACUUUCAGGAGAUACUUCAUUCUAUUCUCGGUAGUCAACUGAAGGGACUCCUGGUGCCAUGUUGGAUGUGAUUUUCAAUCAAAGUCAGACUGAAAGCCUGCUUGGGCUUGUUCCUGGGGUUGGUGUCCCCCCUCUGGCCUGAUCUCCUGACUUCAACCUUUGGAGCAUUUGUGUUGAACCUUUUCAAUCUGUAGUUGAACAGAUAACCCUUUUGGAUCACUGUUCCCAUUAAUCUUCCUAUUUUACACUUUUUUUUUCUAUCAUCUUCGUCUGGUUGUUUAGUAUAAAUUACUCUUGGCUGCAUGCACACACUCUUUCAUUUGAGUUCUGUCCCAGCACUUCUCCCUGAUGUAUUAGUGCGUGGAGAUUUAAGAGAUCAGAGUGAGGGAAAGAAAGUUGUGUGUAUUUAUGAAAUCUGUAUGAAAGGUACAGAUGGAGGGCUGAUUUUGCUCCUCCACAACAGAAGAGCAGGACGGUUGAAGCUUUAGCCACCAAUUCCCCUUUGGGUAACUCAAGAGCCAAUGAAUACGGCUGCAGUUUGAGAGUUAGAGAUAUGUUGGAGAAAUGUCAAGCAGUGAAAUCUUAAUAUGAAAUCCUGGUUCUGUAUUGCUCAUACAAUAAAAAUCCUUGUCAACAUUUUUUAGCAUAUUUUCUAGGCUAUUUGCUUGAACAGGAAACAUGUUUAAUGUCUUCUUUUUUUGAAAUGUUCACCAUGUUUGUCUUGAUUUGUGAUUUCACUUGCGUUUUAUUUUUAUUUAUUUUUUUUCAGGUGUCUGAUGACUCCCCAGAGCCAGAGACAAUCACCUGCAUGGAGCCCUUCAUGGUGCGAAGGCUUUCCUGCCGGACGGUCCAGUUGCCUCCUCUGGCCUUCAGGCAGGCAGAGCAGUAUUACUGCGACCGUAAGCCUGAAGCGGACGCGGUCACCGCUCCGCCGCGACCUACAACACUGCCGUUACGCACGCCGCCGCUCAUCGCCAUCACCUCCGCUGACACUAGCAGUUUUGAUGUGGACAAUGGCACGUCUUCAGGUCGCAGCCCCCUGGACCCGAUGGCCAGUCCGGGUUCAGGUCUCAUCCUGCAGGCCAAUUUUGUGCACAGCCAACGGAGAGAAUCGUUCCUGUACCGCUCGGACAGCGACUAUGACCUCUCCCCGAAGUCCAUGUCCAGAAACUCCUCCAUUGCCAGUGACAUUCAUGGUGACGAUAUGAUUGUAACGCCUUUUGCACAGGUUCUUGCCAGCUUGAGAACUGUACGGAACAACUUUGGCGCAUUAACCAAUGUCCAGCAAGAUAGAGCAUCGAAUAAGAGAUCCCCCAUGUGUAACCCACCACCUAUCACCAAGACCACCUUCACAGAGGAGGCCUACCAGAAACUGGCCACCGAGACCCUGGAGGAGCUGGACUGGUGCCUGGACCAGUUGGAGACAUUGCAGACAAGACACUCUGUCAGUGAGAUGGCCUCCAACAAGUUUAAGAGGAUGUUGAAUCGGGAGCUCACUCACCUGUCAGAGAUGAGUCGCUCCGGCAACCAGGUGUCCGAGUUCAUCUCCAGCACCUUCCUCGACAAGCAGCAUGAAGUGGAGAUGCCAACCCCGCAAACGCAGAAGGAGAAGGAGAAAAAGAACAAGCCAAUGAGUCAGAUCAGCGGGGUGAAAAAGCUGCAACACUCCUCCAGCCUCACAAACUCAAACAUACCUCGCUUUGGAGUCAAGACGGAGACCGAGGAUGAACUGGCGAAGGAGCUGGAGCAUGUAAAUAAAUGGGGCCUUAAUGUUUUUAAAAUCACUGAAUUCUCUGGUAAUCGGCCACUGACAGUCAUGAUGUACACAAUAUUUCAGGAGAGGGACCUGUUAAAAACUUUUAAAAUUCCACUCGACACCUUCAUAACAUACCUGAUGACCUUAGAAGACCAUUACCAUGGCGAUGUGGCCUAUCACAACAACAUCCAUGCUGCUGACGUCACCCAAUCAACUCACGUGCUGCUUUCCACUCCUGCCCUUGAGGCUGUGUUCACAGACCUUGAGAUCCUUGCUGCCAUCUUUGCCAGUGCAAUUCACGACGUGGAUCAUCCUGGAGUCUCAAACCAGUUUCUCAUCAACACAAAUUCAGAACUAGCCUUGAUGUACAACGACUCGUCCGUGUUGGAGAACCACCAUCUAGCAGUCGGCUUUAAGCUCCUGCAAGAAGAGAACUGUGACAUCUUCCAAAACUUGACCAAAAAACAACGACAAUCGCUGCGAAAAAUGGUCAUUGACAUCGUGUUAGCGACAGACAUGUCUAAACACAUGAACUUGCUGGCUGAUUUGAAAACAAUGGUGGAAACCAAGAAGGUAACCAGCUCCGGCGUGCUGCUGCUGGACAACUACUCGGACAGGAUACAGGUUCUCCAGAACAUGGUGCACUGUGCAGACCUCAGCAACCCCACCAAGCCUCUGCAGCUUUACAGACAGUGGACGGAUCGCAUCAUGGAGGAGUUUUUCAGUCAGGGUGACAGGGAAAGGGAGAGGGGCAUGGAGAUCAGCCCCAUGUGUGACAAACACAACGCUUCAGUAGAAAAGAGCCAGGUUGGAUUUAUAGACUAUAUCGCUCACCCUUUGUGGGAAACAUGGGCGGAUCUGGUCCAUCCGGAUGCACAGGAUAUCUUGGACACUUUGGAGGACAACAGAGAGUGGUACCAAAGCACCAUUCCCCAGAGUCCCUCUCCAGCUUUGGACGAACCGGAGGACGGCACUCGACCCCCAGGAGGGGACAAAUUUCAGUUUGAGCUCACGCUGGAGGAGGACGGGGAGUCGGACACUGAGAAGGACAGCGGCAGCCAGCCAGAGGAAGAGGAGGAGGAGGAGGAGGAGGAAGAGGAGGACAACAGCUGUACUGACUCUAAAACACUCUGCACACAGGACUCUGAAUCAACGGAAAUUCCUUUGGAUGAACAGGUGGGAGAGGACGAGGAGGAUGAGGAGCAGGAGGAAGUCCUGGAGGAGGGGGAGACACCCUGCUCAAAAGCGUGCGUUGUAGAAGAGGAGGUGACAGAAGAGGUAGAGGAGGAGGAGGAGGAGGAGAAAUCCUCUGAAUCAUAGCAGUUCCUGACUAACUGUUCUUCUUAGUAAACAGAUGAUUAUUUAUAGAAUAUUUUUUUGACUUUUGUGAGAUCUGUGUUUUAUACAUCUGUGUUUCCUGUUCCAAAGCGCAAGCUGCUCUCCACCUCGGCCCUUCCUCUUACAGCUUUGUCCAGACACCCACCGGUACUCCCCCAAGUUUUUUUGCACUCAGGAAAACUCCUUCUCAUUCCCAUCUUCACUGAAGUGGUGUUCACUUCAACACCUCCCCCUUAACAAUCCUCCAUUUUAAGAUGUGGAUUUAGACUCCACAGGCUGCUCAGUGCUGCUUCGACUUUUUUAGCAUUUUUGCUUUGUCUCAGCUUCGCCUGAAAGUUUAAUAGUGUCUUUUUUUUUUUUAAAGUGCCCAAAACUUCAAACAGGCAACUCCCGGUUUUAAAAAACACACACAAAUGCGGAAGCUUGUUCUGCUGCCAUUCUGCAGCACAAUGGUAGCUGCAGCACACAAAACAGCUUCUCAAGACACAUUUCUGAUGUCUUCCUUGUGAAAAUCCGACUGACACAACGCUUCAACCUGCUCCAGACCUCCGUUUGAUUUUUAUAUCCGUGUACAAACUUAAGAGAUAUUUUCUAGACUUUACUUUUGCAGUCCAAGGCUUUCUUUUGUUAGUAAAGAGGAUGGUGGAACUUUUUCUUGCAAAGCAACAAUUAUGUCAAAGAUAUUCAAUGUUUCUCCAGCUCGAUUAUAGACGUUCUGAGCUGUUUGCACUUGCUCCAAUAGCAUUUAUACUACUACUACUCACAUGCCACUAUACUCAUGUUUAGUUAGUCUUUUGUUUAUAUAACCAUUAUUUUGGUGAGAGUUGUACUGAGACGGAAGCAGAAACCUGAGGUCUUAUGCUUCACUCUCGCUGGAAUUGUCUGACGCGGAUGAAGCCUUUAAAUUUUUAUUAUUGUUGCCUGCAGUUCUUUUGAACACAUCCUGAGACAAUGCAAUGCUUUGUAGUUGAUACAAGAAGCACCUUUUUUUAAAGCUUGAUUAGUGCUUGAAGUGUUUAGAAAUAGUACUGGUGUUAAAAACUGCUGGAGUGAAUUUUAUACCAACAUUUAAAAAAAAUUGCUUUAUUAUUAUUAUUUUUUUUCCUUGCUUGACUUUUGCCACUUGUGUUUUUUUUUUUCUUUUUAAAGAAUAUUGAAUUUGCCGCCAACAACGUGAGAACUCCUGUUCCUGUCUUCGUUUUAUCGAACAAGACAAUCAGCUCCAUGAAAUCUAGAUUGGUCUAUCCUCCACGUAGAUUUUCGAAUGCACUAAUUCAUAUUUCACUUUUUAAAUGUGUUUGAACUCGCCAAAAAACGUUGAUGCUUGAACGCCUGCUUGAACAUUGUUCUGCUUCACCUCGGCCAGAAUUCUCCUUUUUUUUUACAGUUUUGAAUGACAUGACACCCAUCGCUAUUAUUUAUUAUUUUUAUUAUAUUUUCAUGGUUAUAUAUUUUUGCAAUAUAAAGGUGGUACAGUAAAUAUCUGACUGUAGCAUAGACCACAUGCUUGCCAGUUUUGAUGGGGUGUACAGAAAAAAAUCCUUUUUAAAAAAAUGGAAAAAAAAAAAUCAACAAAUGUUUAAAAAAAUUUAAACACACAAGUUAUUUUUAAGAGUGCUUAUUUUAAAUUUGUUGCAUUUAUUUCUUCAUUUUAUUUAAGCUUUCAUUUUGUGCCAACUUUUAUUUUCCAUCCUCACCCAAUGACCUUACCUGUAAUAGAGAAUAAUCUGGUUUUAUUGCUGUUUACAAACAAAUAUUUAUUGUGCUGUAUAUAAUAUAUAAUUAUUAAUGUUAUUACUAUCAUAAUGCAGUUUGCUGUAAAUGGUUGAUUCUUAUCAUCCCUUUUGGUGAUGGCGUGGCUGUAUUAUGUACCUCUUGUUGAGAGAAUGUUUAUUACACAGGAGCUUCAGUGUAAAAAAAUGGAUCCAUUGACUUGUUGCUUAUCCGAGAUCUAGCUCAGAGAAGAAAACGGGGGGGAAAGGCAAAAUUUUUAUUUAUUUUUUUUUAAGAAACUGUUCCUUGGCCCAUGGGCUGUGCCUUAAAGUCAAACACAUCAUUUCCUUUUAGCCUUUUCUUUUUGAUUGCUGCAUUAGUGAAUCUCCUGGCUUUGUUUGACCUGAUCUCAAGUUGCCUUUUCAUUCCCACAGCCAAACUAAACAGGCUCUUUGUCACCACUGCAGCACUGUGGGCAGUCCCAGUGCAGAGGUUUAGGUCAACCACAAGCCAUAGAUUUACUAGAUGAGUGAUUGUGGCCUAGAAAGUCUAAGAGUCACAUUUGCUGCGGGGCCGGGUCUGAACCUUCCAUGCCGCGCUCGCGUCCUGAAACACUGAAAGACGUGUCGGACGUGGACGAUUCCAUCGUCCAUGCCCUGACUGUGUCACAAACACUGAACGGGGCGCCGCGGCGAGGGUCCCUGCAAAAGCACAGAGGCUUUGACACACAUCUGCAUGUUCAGCCACUGCUGCAUUAAAUACGGCUGAAACACUGACGGUGUGCUGCUUUUUUCUAUGCUUAGCCCACACUUUCACUCGCAUUACUUGCAAUACCCAAAAAAAAACCACUGACGUCAUUCUGCCGGGACAGGAACAGGGGUUUUAAAUGUGUCUCUGUGCUGACAGAACGAGGGGAGGGCCUAGGAGGAGACGGGUGGGACGGGGGGCUGCGUCAUUGUUCCGACAAACAGGGACUCUUGUUUUGACACGCAUACUGUAGAUUUCGAACAGCCCUGGACCAAUGGAAAUAGUGGGUUCUUUUUCUCAUUGUGUGUUCUAUUUUUUUAUGGUGUGACAGGAAAACACAAACUGUAACUUUUAAAAACAAAACAAACUUUAAAAAAAAGAAAAAAAAAAAAGAAAGAAAAGGUCUUCAGGACAAUUAUUUUUGGGGUUUUUCGUCUUUAAAAAUACCAACCUGUCUGGACGAUUCACAGGACAGUUCAAAUGUUAUUUUAACCGAUUUCUUGUUAAUCGCAGUCUAUUGGAUAGCACUGUAGAUCAUACAACUUUGUGUAAGAAAACAAAAACGAUGAAAAAAGUUUUUAUAUGCAAUGGAUUAAAUAAAAGCAUGGGUUGAUUCUGCCUA